GCCUUCCACCUGCUCAUGACUGGAAAGCCGCCGGGACAAUUUCUGCACUUGUGGAGGGGAGUCCUGCUCACUUGCUUGCCAAGGGCUAGGACGAGGAAGAAGAAAGAAAUGAGCCGUCAGACUGCUACAGCAUUACCCACUGGCACUUCAAAGUGUCCACCAUCCCAGAGGGUGCCUGCCCUGACUGGCACAACUGCAUCCAACAAUGACUUGGCGAGUCUUUUUGAGUGUCCCGUUUGCUUUGACUAUGUGUUACCACCCAUUCUUCAGUGUCAGAGUGGCCAUCUUGUUUGUAGCAACUGUCGCCCAAAACUCACGUGUUGUCCAACCUGCCGCGGCCCGUUGGGAUCCAUUCGCAACUUGGCUAUGGAGAAAGUGGCCAAUUCAGUACUUUUCCCUUGUAAAUAUGCCUCUUCUGGAUGUGAAAUAACUCUGCCACAUACAGAGAAAGCAGACCACGAGGAGCUCUGUGAGUUCAGGCCUUAUUCCUGUCCCUGCCCUGGUGCUUCCUGUAAGUGGCAAGGCUCCUUGGAUGCUGUCAUGCCCCACCUGAUGCAUCAACACAAGUCCAUUACAACCCUCCAGGGAGAAGACAUAGUUUUCCUUGCUACGGACAUUAACCUUCCUGGUGCUGUUGACUGGGUGAUGAUGCAGUCUUGUUUUGGCUUUCAUUUUAUGCUAGUCCUAGAGAAACAGGAAAAAUACGAUGGCCACCAGCAGUUCUUCGCGAUUGUACAGCUGAUAGGAACACGCAAGCAAGCGGAAAAUUUUGCUUAUCGACUUGAGCUAAAUGGUCAUAGGCGGCGAUUGACUUGGGAAGCUACUCCGAGAUCUAUUCAUGAGGGAAUUGCAACAGCCAUUAUGAAUAGUGACUGCCUAGUCUUUGAUACCAGCAUUGCACAGCUCUUUGCAGAAAACGGCAAUUUAGGCAUCAAUGUAACUAUUUCCAUGUGUUGAAAUGGCAAUCAAACAUUUCUGGCCAGUGUUUCAAACUUGCAUUUGACUUUACAGAGAAUAAAGCACCAUCUGCUUGCCAACCUAAGACUCUGGGUAGGUAGAAGCUAGACACAUGAAGGUAAAUAAAAGAAAGGCUGUUAAAUACAGGAAACAGUUGCAUGUAAUAACACUAAUAUAUUUAAAAAUAAUUCAACAGUAAACCACUGAAAAAAAAA